UUAAAGAUGAAAGUAGAAAUUCCGCAAGUUCAUUGGCAAGGGGAUAGAGAAUCAAUAUUCUCAAUUGAUUUCCUCCCAUUCACUAACUUCUUUGUCACCUGUGGGUACGAUAACGAUGAAAGCAUGUUCAUUAGAUUCUGGCAAUGGGAGAAAAACGACCAGAUUUCAGAGGGAGAAAGGAUCAAAGAAAACAGUAAGGAGCCUGAUAAUGUCAAUUCAACUCUAACUUGGAAACCAGUCUUUAAGUAUGGAGACAGAUCUCAAAACGGCGCUCCUAAUGUUGUAAAAUUCUCCCCACUUGGAAAUAAGAUGGUAAGUGCGGGAGUGCAAGAUAUUGCAUCCAUCUGGGAUUAUAAACUGAGAUAUGUUGAAAUGGGCAAAACUGAAAUGGAACACAGAUGGGGUGUCUGCAAAACCCUUAGAGGCCACUUCUCUGAAAUAUCAGAUGUUAGCUGGAGCAGAGAUGAAAAAUAUCUUGCCACGGGAUCUAUUGACAACACUGCAAUCCUCUGGAACGUUGAAAAGGGAGUCCAAUUACAAAGAUUCGAACAACAUAAAAAUUAUGUCUCUGGAGUCACUAUUGAUCCUUUGUUCAAUUAUAUUAUUACCCAGUCAAACGAUAAGACAGUGAAGGUGCAUAAGAACACAGAAUCAAAGAGCAUCAAAUUUUAUUACAAGAACAAUAUUUACAAAAGAAAAUACCUUAUUGAUGAGGAAGGAAAACAAGUUUCUCUAUCAAAAGAGGAGGAAGAUGAAAUCUAUGAUAGCAAGGCCAUGCAAGACGAGAAGCAAUACAAAGUAGUUAAUGAGAGAAUGUUUCUUGACGAUACUGAAUGAUUCUCAUUUUCAAGAAGAGCAGAUUUCUCUCCAGAUGGUUCAUUCUUUAUUUUACCUUGCGGAAUUUAUCAUCCAGUUCCCGGCGAAAAGGAGAAAAAGUAUGCAUCAUAUGGAUUUAUUCGUAACAAUAUUUCAGAGCCAGCAUUUAUUUUACCUUCCCCUAGCACCACUCCACUAGUAGUAAGGUUCCAUCCAGCUCUAUUUGAAAGGAAGGAAGAAGAUACCCCAUUCAUUGAUUUGCCUUACAUAAGUGUGUUUGCGAUUGCCACAAUGGAGGACAUUUUCAUUUACACUACAAGAUCUCUCUAUCCUUAUGCAAGCAUCUCUAACAUCCAUUAUGCAGAACUUACUGACUUAGCCUGGACAACAAGAGAGCACCAAGAUAUUGAAAAAUCAGGAUCGAAACUAAUGGCUUGCAGCAGAGAUGGAUUCAUCACCUUAGUAGACUUUGAUGAAGGAGAGCUUGGCACCCAACUGACCCAAACACAACUGCCAGAGAAUAUUUCCUCUCUUUUUGAUUAUUUAACAAUUGAUUCUCUCACUUCAGAGCCUGUUGGGGAAACUGAAGUUAAAGAAGUGAUUAUUCCAAAAUUCAAAAGCAGAAAAUCAAAACCACAAGUCACAGAAGCUAUUCCCGAUGCUAAACACCCUGAAGAAAUGAAGAUCGAGACCAAUCCCAAGUAAUUUCUGCCAUAAGUUCAAUUAAAAUUUUCUUCC